AUGGGAUCUCAUCAAGAAGCGUGGAGGCGACUCAAUAUAGGUGUCGUCGGUGGUGGCAUUGGUGGUAUGUCGGUCGGCAUUGCCCUCCGCCGUGCUGGUCAUGAAGUGACCAUCUACGAACGCAAUGAUUUUGCUGGUGAGGUAGGCGCCUCAGUCUCAUGUGCCGCCAACGGUACGAGAUGGCUCCAUGAGUGGGGUGUCGAUGUGGAAAAGGGCGAUCCAGUUGUCCUGCGCAAGCUCAUCAACCGCGACUGGAAGACUGGGGAGCCAGUCAGCGUCUACGACCUCGCCGAUUACGAGGAAAGAUGGGGUUAUGUCUACAAUAUGUUCCACCGCCAGUACAUGCAUACCAUGUUGAAAGAUUGUGCAUUACAAGAGGAGGGGGUGGGCACUCCUGUUAAGCUUCAGGUGAACCAUGGGUGCAAAGAUAUCAACCUAGCCACGGGUGUCAUUACAUUCUCAAACGGAGCGAAAGCCCAGCACGACCUGAUCAUCGGUGCAGAUGGUAUUGGUUCAGUUGUUCGUAGCAUCAUAGGACUUCGUCCGGAGAAGAAGCCAUCUGACCAAAGUUGUCUGCAUGCCAAUGUCCGCACAGAAGACGCCGUCCGACUAGGCUUAGUUGACUACUCUAAGGACAGUGCGCUGGAAUACUGGGGUGGUCAAGAAGGCAAGUGGGACAAGAUCGUGCUCUCGCCAUGCAAUGGUGGCCGCUUGUUAUCGUACUAUUGCUUCUUCCCCCGAGAAAAGGGUGAUUUUAGCAAUCACACCUGGGGGAGUGCAGACCGGCCAGUUGAAGAGCUGCUAGAGCCGUACCCAGGGCUUGAUCGCCAAGUGUUUUCCCACUUAUCUAUUGGUACAGAAAUCCGGCCAUGGCGUUUAUGGGUUCAUCAACCAUACCCAUAUAUCACCCGCAGUAUGGUCUGUCUUCUUGGGGAUGCAGGUCAUCCGAUGAUGCCUCACCAAAGCCAGGGUGCCUGUAUGGCGAUUGAAGAUGCUGCGGCACUUGGUAUUCUUUUCAACAAAGACAACUUCACUGGAGAUAUUGCCGAAGCCCUCGCCGUCUAUGACGAAAUCCGACUGCCCAGAGCGACGAAAGUUCAAUCCGCAGCAGCAAAGGCAGCUUAUAAUAUCAACGAACGGAUAGGGUUUUCAAGCAACACCAGUAGCUCCGUAUAUAAAGUCGAAGAUGAGAAGAAAAAGCUCACGAUUGAAGAAAUGAAUGCUUAUGACAUGUACAAAGAUAUUGAAGAAGCGAUCGCCAGGCGCAGAGGGAUACCUUUCACGGCACCAUUCACCCAGGGCCUACCGCUCGGCCUGAAGCUAUCUAAUGGAGUAACUGUUGGAGAAUAA